CUGCUAACAACAUGGCCACCGAGGAGCUGCCGUCUGAAUUUGACGUCGUCAUUCUGGGCACAGGUCUGGCUGAGUCGGUGGCGGCUGCAGCGUUCUCCAGAGUCGGACAGAAGGUCCUUCACCUGGACAGGAGGAGUUAUUAUGCAGCUAACUGGGCCAGCUUCACCUUCAACGCCCUGCUCACCUGGAUCCAACAGCAGCAGGAGGAGCCUCAGCCACAGGAGGUCCAGGAUUGGUCGAGCCUGUUGGAGGAGGGGGAGGAGCUAAUCUACCUGUCCCAGUCAAACUCCGCCUCCAUCAGGAACGUGCAGGUGUUCUGCUUCACCAGUGAGGAAGACGAGGAGGAGGCUCCAGACACCACAGAAGAAGAAGACUCUGCAGAUCCUCAGGUAGAGACAGAGGAGGAGGCAGAGGAGGCCUCCCACAAAGAGGGGGAGGAGCCAGAGCCUCCUCAGCCCCUCCCUCCUCCUGCUCAGAACCAAUCAGAGCCAGAGCCUCCUCAGACCCUCCCUCCUCCUUCUCAGAGCCAAUCAGAGCCUCCUCAGACCCUCCCUCCUCCUGCUCAGAGCCAAUCAGAGCCAGAGCCUCCUCAGACCCUUCCUCCUCCUGCUCAAUCAGAGCCAGAGCCUCCUGAGACCCUCCCUCCUCCUGCUCAGAACCAGUCAGAGCCUCCUCAGACCCUCCCUCCUCCUGCUCAGAGCAAAAAGAAGAUCAGCUACGCUCACCUGGUGAGGGAGGGGCGGCGCUUCAACAUCGACCUGGUCUCCAAGCUGAUGUUUUCUCGCGGCUCAUUGGUCGAUCUGCUCAUCAAAUCAAACGUCAGUCGCUAUGCAGAGUUCAAGAACGUCACCAGGAUACUGACCUAUCGGCAGGGGAGGGUGGAGCAGGUGCCCUGCAGCAGAUCUGAUGUAUUUGCCAGUCGUCAGCUGUCUGUGGUUGAAAAGAGGAAGUUGAUGCGUUUCCUCACUUCCUGUGCGGAGGAGACGGAGGAGCAGAGAGCCUACAACGGUCGGCCAUAUUUGGAGUUCCUGUCCGACCAGAAGCUGGGAGACAACCUGCAGCACUUCCUGCUUCACUCCAUCGCCAUGGUGACGGAGGCCACGCCCACCGAGCAGGGAUUGGCCGCCACGCGCCACUUCCUGCGCUGCCUCGGUCGCUACGGCAACACGCCCUUCCUGUUUCCUGUGUAUGGCCUCGGAGAAAUACCACAGUGCUUCUGCCGGAUGUGUGCUGUGUUUGGAGGGAUCUACUGUCUGAGACACUCAGUGAGCUGCCUGCUGCUGGACACACACUCCAACAGGUGUAAGGCGGUGAUUGACAGCCGGGGACAGCGAAUCAGCUGCAGCCAUGUGGUGCUGGAGGAGGGUUUUGUGGGGGCGGAGAGGAAGAGGAGCAGUACCCCCCCCAGGUUCCUCUCCAGAGCAGUGUUGAUAACCGAUGGAUCCAUCCUGCCCACGGACUCAGAGCAGCAGGUCUCCUUGGUUACGGUUCCUCCAGCAGCAGGGGGGCCGGCGGUGAAGAUGGUGGAGCUGAGUCCGUCCACCAUGACCUGCAGCGCAGGGACCUACCUGGUCCACCUCACCUGUCCGUCAGUCGGCUCCGCCCACCAGGACCUGUCGCCCCUGGUUACCAGCAUGUUCCGCACGCCAGAGUCACCUGACCACGACGGCCCCUCUGUCCUCUGGUGUCUCUUCUUCAACAUGGCCGACGGCUCAGGUGUGGAGGCUGAAGGUCACGACCUCCCAGAGAACGUUCACCUGAGCUCAGGACCUGAUUCUGAGCUGGGACACGAGCACGCUGUGAGACAGGCUGAGUCCAUCUUCCAGAAGAUUCUCCCUGAAGAGGAGUUCUGUCCUCCAGCUCCCAACCCCGAGGACAUCAUCUACGACGGAGACACCGGAGACACAGACAGAGACACCGGAGACACAGACGGAGACACUGGAGACACCGUGAACACAGGAGAGACCGUGAACACAGGAGACACCGUGAACACAGGAGACACCGUGAAUACUGACGGAGACAAAACGUCCCCCGGAGAAGAGGAGGAGGAGAGACAAGCAGUAUCUGAGGAGUAAAUAAUUCAGUAAAUACAUGAAGAGAUAUUGAAGUGCACCUACAGUCCUCCCGCAGUGCAUUGUGGGUAACGUUGCCUUCGCUUGUUGUUUUAAAUCUUUAUAUUUUUUUCUAUCAUUUGUUUCUGCUUUGUGUCUUUAUUUAAAUUCUGUGGAAACAUUAAAGAAACUUCACUUUGA